AUGAGGCGGGGAAAAGAUCACUGGAGAAGCAACUCAACAAGAGCCCUGCGAAAACGACUUUUACCCAUCCGCAUCCAACAUCAACUAGGGGCACCCAAACGACGCAAAACCCGGUCGGAUUUCUUACAUAAAUGUUCCUAUGGAUUACUACUUCUCUUUUAUCGAAGAAUAGGAGUAUUUUUCAAUCUGACAGCCAAGAUUCGAGGCACUGGACACCUAGAGGACUCAUAG